AAUCUGUCUGGCGCGCCCUGCCUUCACAGGCCCCUCCUCGCGCCGCGCGCCUCGCCCCCACGGGCUGCGUCUUCGCCCACACCCCCUCCCCCAUUGCGAUGCCCUCUCUACUUCAGACCCUACUUGUCCUCGCGCUUCUGGUCCCGGCGCACCUUCGUACAGUCUUGGUGGCUGGUGUUGACCGAACCUAGUGGAUGCAGUUACUGCUGGAGGCCGGCCCAACCCACCACCAGGGUCGUUCCCGCCCUUUAGGGUUGCCGCGACCGCCUGCUCUCCAGCCGCCUCUUCCACCAGGUACGCUAAUUUCCGAAGGUUCGGAUGUCUGGGAAACUGGAAGCGCGGUGGCUGGGCGCACCUCAAAUUUAGCUUCGGGCCGCAGGGCCGUGGCGGUAGCCUUGGCCGGGCAGCGGUGGGCCCUAGUCCGUCCCGGAUCGCAGAGCGUGGUUUCCAGGCUUUCAGAUACUGAUGUUACAAACAAUAAAAUAUUGGAGCAUCGAGUUGAGGAAAAGACUUAAACCAGGUUUUUCUUCAGUUAGUUAAAAACAUGGAUCCUAAGGCAGUGGGACCAGAGACAAUCCAAGUGACACCUCUUCAACAAAUGCUUGCCUCUUGUACUGGAGCUAUAUUGACUUCGCUAAUGGUGACUCCCUUGGAUGUUGUUAAAAUUCGACUCCAGGCUCAAAACAAUCCAUUUCCUAAAGGAAAAUGUUUUGUGUAUAGUAAUGGACUCAUGGAUCAUCUGUGUAUCUGUGAAGACGGAGGCAACAAAGCAUGGUAUAAGAAGCCAGGACGUUUCCAGGGAACGCUGGAUGCCUUUUUGAAAAUCGUUCGAAAUGAGGGCAUAAAAUCCUUGUGGAGUGGCCUUCCACCUACACUAGUGAUGGCAGUUCCUGCAACAGUUAUUUAUUUUACUUGCUAUGAUCAGUUAACUGGUUUUCUAAGAUAUAAACUAGGAGAAAAUGAAAGUCGCACACCAAUUAUUGCUGGAAUUGUAGCCAGAUUUGGUGCAGUAACUGUGAUAAGUCCAUUAGAAUUGAUUAGAACCAAGAUGCAGUCUAAGAAGUUUUCUUACAAGGAAUUGCAUCAAUUUGUCAGCAAGAAAGUAUCUGAAGAUGGUUGGAUUUCCCUUUGGAAGGGCUGGACUCCUACUAUUCUUAGAGAUGUACCUUUUUCAGCAAUAUACUGGUAUAACUAUGAAGUUUUAAAGAAGUUGUUGUGUGAGAAAUACAGUUUAUAUGAGCCAACAUUUAUGAUCAACUUUACUUCAGGGGCAUUGUCUGGUUCGAUUGCAGCUGUUGCAACUUUACCAUUUGAUGUGGUAAAAACACAAAAACAGACACAACUUUGGAUAUAUGAAAGUCAUAAAAUUUCAGUGCCUUUACAUAUGUCAACCUGGGUUUUAAUGAAGAACAUUGUUGCUAAAAAUGGAUUUUCUGGAUUAUUUACAGUAAUUUCUCCUUUGUUUCUAAAUCAUAAUCCUAAUUUUAAAAUAAAAUUUUGUUAUCCUUAUUUGAGAUAUUGCAAAAGAUUUUCCAGGAGUCACAACCAUUGCAUAUUCUUAUUCUUGUAAGGGGAAAAGACAAUAUUCUUUAGCACUGGAAGCAACAAUCUCUGAGAAUUUGAUAUGUAUACAUUUCAGUGUAACUUAAUCUUAUUGGAUUGUACCAGAUACCUUAGAACUUUUUGAAUUGUAUGCUGAAUAAUGUCCAGAGUCUAGAAAGAAAAAGCCCAAGUUUUUUAUGCACAUUUAAAUCAUGUUCGGAGAUAUUUAAGCAUUUCAGUAGAGAACAGAAGGCAGGCAGUCAAUAAGUAACAUUAGUCACAUUUGCCAAAUAUUACUGUGCCAGUUUGAAUGUAUUAUGUCCCCCAAUCGCCAUUAUUUUUGAUGUAAUCUUGUGUGGGCAGACAUAUCAGUGUUAAUUAGAUUGUAAUUCUUUGAGUAUUUCCAUGGAGAUGUGCC